AGGAGAGAUAUCAUUUAUCAUGGAAGAGCGUAACAGAGAACAUGCAGCAGAGACACCAUCCAUCAUGCAAAACGAUAACGGAGAACAUGAAGUAGAUUUGAGUCAUUUGACAUCAUCCAAGGCCAAGGGUUUCAUCUUCAGAAUUCCAGGCUUGCUUAAAAUGCGUAAUGAACAGGCUUAUACGCCCUAUAAAUUUUCAAUUGGUCCCUGGCAUUUCGGUAAAACACAGCUGUUGCGCACGGGACUAAAAUUGAAAGAGUCCUUUCUUGAAGGACUCAUUAAUCGUUUCCCAGAUCCAGCAACAAAGAGUCGGUUGGAAGAAGCCAUAAAAAAUGUGCAUGGCAAGGCUAGAGAAUGUUACGAGGGAGGGGAUGUUUAUGAUGAGGGAGACAAUAUGGGUGUCGCCAAAGAAGAAUUUGAGAAAAUCUUGCUACUCGAUGGCUGCUUUAUUAUCGAGUUGUUCCGCAAGAAUGCUGAGAAGGUAUCCACACGAUCGAGAAAAUGAGUUUGUACUCUUCAAUUUGAAUCGAGUUGUUAAUUACUGGGGCCAAUAUGUAUAUACAACUAAAGGUAGAUAUGUCAUUUACUCGUAUAUCCGUACAACCAAAUCUUCUAUCUAGGUUUUCUUCUUCGUUUUCUUCCUUUUCUCUACAUUAUAUUCAUUCCUCGUUAUUGUUCUUGUUCCUUUUCUCUGUAUUCUCUUCACUACCUAUCUUAACUAUUACUUCAUCCAAUACACCUACUAAAUUUCC